AUUCAUCACUCUUCCAUCAACCUCACAAGGUCCUUUCAAAGCGACCUCUUCAUCAUCAUCAUCAUCUUCUUCUUCUUCUUCUUCUUCUUCUUCUUCUUCUCAUUCCCAACACUCAAUCAUCUCUCCAUGCUUUCCUCUGCCAUGAUUUUUCAAUAGGAAGGGCUUCUCUUGUUGUUAUUGGUAUUGACUUUCGGAUGGAUGUGAGGCUGAGAUCCGCGCAGGGGCUCUUCACCGCCGUGCGAGCUGGGGACAUCGAGGAAGUCCGCCGCAUCGUUGAGGGCGCUGAUGGAGGUGGUGGAGCGGCGCUCAUGGCUGCGCAGACGGAGGCUGGAGAGACAGCGCUUUAUAUAGCUGCGGAGAAUAACUUCGGCGCUUUGGUCUCUUAUUUGGUUGGGUUUUGCGAUGAUGAGACGGCGAAGAUGCGUUCGCGGCUUGAUUUGGAUGCUUUGCAGGUUGCUGCUAAGCAUGGCCAUGCUGGGGUUGUGAAGGAACUUCUGCAGCUAUGGCCUUCACUCUGCAAAUCAUGUGAUUCAUCAAACACAAGUCCCCUGUAUUCAGCUGCAGUUAAGGGUCACUUGGAUGUGGUGAAUGCCAUAUUGGAUGUUGAUGAUAGUACAAUAAGGAUUGUGAGAAAAAAUGGAAAGACUUCACUUCACAUGGCUGCAAGGAAUGGUCUUCUUGAAAUUGUCAAGGUUCUUUUGGAGAGGGAUCCUGGAGUUGUUUCUAUCAUUGAUAAGAAAGGCCAAACUGCACUUCAUAUGGCAGUAAAAGGCCAGAAUCCUGAUGUUGUAGAGGAGAUGUUGGUCACUGAUCUUUCAAUACUCAAUAUACGUGAUAAGAAGGGAAAUACAGCGUUGCAUAUAGCCACCAGAAAAUGGCGGCCACAGAUGGUACGUCUUCUACUGAGUUAUGAAUCUAUUGAAGUGAAUAUUAUUAACAAUCAGAAAGAAACUGCUCUGGACUUAGUAGAGAAAAUCCCGUACGGUGAAUCCCAAAUGGACAUUGUCGAAAGCCUUUCAGAAGCCGGUGCUAAGAAGGCAAGGCAUGUCGGCCAACAUGAUGAAGCAUCAGAACUGAGACGAACUGUGAGUGACAUAAAACAUGGUGUCCAAAACCAACUCAUUCAAAAUGCGAAAACCAACAAACGAGUGUCAGGCAUCGCCAAGGAGCUCAGGAAACUACACAGAGAAGCUGUGCAGAACACAAUCAAUUCCGUGACAGUCGUCGCUGUCCUCAUUGCCUCGAUCGCUUUCAUGGCCAUUUUCAACCUUCCAGGGCAAUACUUUCAGGAUGGUCCAGAUGUCGGCAAGGCUAACAUUGCUGACAAAAUGGGGUUCCGAGUGUUCUGCCUUCUCAACGCAUUUGCUCUGUUCAUAUCCCUGGCGGUUGUCGUCGUUCAAAUUACGCUCGUGGCAUGGGAGACGGGAGCUCAAAAGCGCGUGGUCUCUGUUGUGAACAAGCUCAUGUGGUCGGCCUGCGUUAGCACAUGCGGGGCUUUCCUUGCAUUAGCAUUUGUCGUCGUAGGAAGGCAAGCAUCAUGGAUGGCUUUCACCAUAAUGGUCGUCGGAGUGCCAAUAAUGCUAGGAACUCUAGUGAUCAUGAUGUAUCUUGUUCUUCGCCGUCGUUUCAAGUUCGGUGAUGAUUCACAGAGACGAAUAAAGAGGACGAGCGGCAGCAAAUCCUUCUCAUGGUCUCAUUAUUCAGCUUAUUCCGAUCCCGACGCCUUCUCCGACCAUGAUAAGAUAUAUGCAUUGUAAGUUCAUCAUAUGUCUGUAUAUACUCUGCUUGGAUGUACAUAUCUAUUGAACCUGUUUUUAGGUCCAGUUUUGGUAUAAAUGUCACUGGUUUUGAGGCUACCGUAUUGUAAGUUGUUGGAUAAACAUCAUGUGGCAAUAAAGAUAUAAGGUCGGGAUUAGAAUUUA